UGGUUGAUAUGUGACGAUGUGACUGGGUUUGUGAAUGCGAUCUGUCAUUGAAUUUAAAAUAACAUUUGCAAGCAAUCAAUAUCAAACAUAAACAACACAAACUAACUUAUCCCCCAACUGCUUCAGGAACUUAUGUUAAGUUUGAUUAACUAACUUAUAAGGACACCAAGUAUCAGUAAGGAAGAUCCAAAAUGGGUGAACGGAAAGGUACAAAUAAAUAUUAUCCGCCAGACUAUGAUCCGAAGGCUGGCGGCCUCAACAAAUUUCUGGGCACUCACGCUCUCCGAGAGCGAGCCCGGAAGCUGCACAUGGGUAUUCUUAUCAUCCGAUUUGAAAUGCCCUACAACAUUUGGUGCGAAGGCUGCAAAAACCACAUUGGAAUGGGAGUCAGGUAUAAUGCAGAGAAGACAAAAAUUGGUAUGUACUAUUCUACUCCAAUAUACCAGUUUCGUAUGAAAUGUCAUCUGUGCGACAAUCAUUUUGAAAUCAAGACUGAUCCAGGGAAUCUAGACUAUGUUAUCGUGAGUGGGGCGAGAAGACAGGAGAACCGGUGGGAUCCGACGCAGAAUGGACAAGUUGUACCAGAGGACAAGGAAACUUCAAAGAGACUGUUUGACGAUGCUAUGUUCAAACUGGAACACGGAACCAGUGACGAAGGAUCUGCCAAAAAGUUGAACCCUACGCUAGGAAGACUCAUCAACCGCAAUCACACCGCUUGGAAGGACGAUUUUGCAGCCAAUAGUGCUUUGAGGGCACAGUUUAGGGUAAAGAAGAAAGAGUUCAAAGCUAAAGAGAAAAUAGAUAAAGCUCUGUUAAAGAAGACAGGUCUGGAUAUUGCUUUGGUUCCUGAACACGAUGAAGACAUCAAAUUGGCCUCGUUACUCAAAAUGAAGCCUACCAGAAGUGCUGUUGAGAACCAGAAGUUGGUUCGGAAGAAGAUAUCAUUGUUGCCAUCAACCCCCAAAACUCUCUCCGCCUCUGAGUUGGGAAUCACAAGGCCAAGUUCUGCAGUUUCUUCUCUGGUAGCAGAUUAUGAUUCCUCAGAAGAUGAUCCUACGUAGUUGCUACACUCUUUGUAAGCUGCUAGCCUUUUUGUACAUAUUAUUUUCAUGUAUAACAUGAUAUACAAUAUAUAUAACAUGUUAUUUAUACAUUAAACUACGUCUG